GUCCUUCCGCUGGCCGAGGCCGAGGAAGCUGGGCCCAGGAGGAAGGCAGAGAGAGAGUUGGAUGUCGCACCGGUGCUGGGCAGUGCCCUUGGCGCUUUGGCCAGUGCUGGCUACUGGGAGGGAGCCUUGGCACACCUCGGCUCAACUCCAAGCCCCGCUUGUCCAUCAGGCACAGGCGACGAUGGUGCAUUGGCUUCCGCACUGGAAGCCUCGGCAGUAGCCAAGGCCGAGGUACAUGCGGCUGCGCUGGCGGAAGCGAGCAAAGCCGGCCUUAAGCUGAAGGAUCUUGACGAGAAGGUCGUGCGCCACAAUCGCGAGCAUUGGCUGGGCUUGGAGUGCUUGCAGGAGAAAGUUGGCGAUCUCUCUGCUACACAAAAAGCGCUCCACGAACAGCUGUCUGCCAGCCUGAAGAAGGACGUGCAUGGGCUCCGUGAGCACAUCGAUGCGCUGUCAACGAAAUGCCAGGCCAUGGCAGAUGCAGUGACGACGCUCCGCACUGAGAUGGGGCGGAAGGCUUCGCACGAGCAGCUGGAGGAUUUGGAGCAUCAGCAGUGCAAGGCCUUCGAGCGUUUCGUUGGCCGAUGGGAGGCUUGCGCCGAGGCUCGCCGCAGGAAUCUGCAGGAUGAGGUAAGCAGCGCGCUUUGUGAGGUACAACGGCCCGCAGCCAAAGCUUCCGAAGGGCAGCUUCGGCCUGGAGAGGCAGUGCCGCUCAACCCAAUGUCAAGUUGGCAGAUGGAGUUGCAGCGAAAAGUGGACGAGCUCCAGGCAAGACUACCUGCGGGAAGAGUUUCAGCCGCCGGCGCAAACCGCUUAGAGGACCUGUGCCAGAUGCAGACCGAGUUGAAGCGGGAGCUCGCGGGCUUGCGGACCGAGCUCUCUAACCAGGUCAGCCAGCUCAAGCUUGAGGGCGCAACAGAGGCACGGACGAAGUCCACACUCUCAGAGCACUGGGAGCAGCGCUACCAGUCCCUCACAGCCACGGUUGACAGCCUCAAGGCCGGCUUGGAGGCAACCCGCCGAAGUAUCAAAGAGGCCUCUGCCAUGCGAGAGCAGGCGUGGCUCGACGGUCUCCGCCUCCGUGUAGAUGCCUGCGCAGAGGGCGUGGCCUCGGAGGUGCGGAUUCGAGAGGAAUCAACGCAGCGGCUGGAGUGUCUCCUGCAGAAGACACGCCAAGAUCUAGAGGCAAAGAUCGAUGCUGUCGGAGGUGCCCUGGAGAAGCAGUUCCACGGAGUUCUUGCGAGCCAGAAUGACAAGGGGCUCCAUCUCGAGCUCAUGGGAGCCAUGCAGCUGGAGCUCCAGAAGAGACAGGAUGCCGAGACAUCCCUCCGGGACCUGCAAUGCGAGAUGGUCGAGAUGCGCUCAAAGCUGCUGCGGAAGGAGCACGCUUUGCUGGAAGCCUCGGGCUUCAGAGAGCCCAGCAAGGACAGCAAGGAGGUCGCUCGAGAGCCCAGCAAGGAGGAGCCCACAACCUGGCGCCCGGGGCUCACAGGCACGCUUUUCUCCGAGCCAAUGCUUUCUCGGGAGCCAGCGCCAAGCAAUGGCACAGGACCUUCCCCGGAAACAGCCAGCCCAUUGAGCGAUCUCCGGGCAUCCUCAACUCCGGCAAUUCUUCGCCCAAAGAUGCCGCCACGCUUCCAGCAAUGGCCAACUUGA